CUCUUCGUCUCCUUCUCCAAUAUGCUCCAGCCUUUCUCUCUAUCUCUCCCUUUCAUUCACCCAACUCCCACAACCAUCAUCUUCAACCUCUGGCUAGAAGAACUGAUUUAUGGGCACCAGCGAUGAACUGAUCUCGUCCUAGCGAUGAGGUUCCUGUUGUCGAGCGGCUGGCGGGGAUCUACUGGCGCUCGAUUCUCCUUCGCUGGUGGUGACUGGUGAGGAUGAGAAAGUGGUGUGCAUAGAGGUGACGGCGGCCGGGAUUUGGGGAUUAUGGGUUUGAUUGCGGCGAGAAAUUUGAGCAGAUUUGAAGGCGUCGACGUACCACUUCAAUUACGUCGUGGUUCGUCACGAGACUCGGAUCCACUCUCCAUUGGUGAUCAGAAGCAUUCGAACUUGUUGCCGCCUUUGGCUUACUUCAUUUCAAAGGAUUUGCAGAGAAUGGCAACCUCUUCAAUAUCAUUCAUGUGGCGCAAAGAGUAGCAAGGGGAAUGGCGUAUCUCCAUCGUAACUCCGCCAGCAAGGUGGCGGCAGAGAGCGGAAUCGCACUAUGUAGGUCUUUUACUAGAGCUCCUCCUCACUGGUAGGGUUUCGAGUACUCCACGGAGAAGAACGACGGCAUCGGCGAAACAGAGUAGCAGCAGCGACGAGGAUUAUGGGUUUGGGGAUUAUGGGUUUUGCGGCGGCGGGGAUUUGGAGCAGAUUUGAAAGCGUCGACGUUGCAAUCGCCAGCCAUCGGGAACAGAGAUUUGAAGUCAUCGAUGUUGCAGCAGGAACGGCGGUGAGUCAGAUCUAGGGGUUGGUGGUGGUUGUUGCGGAUUGGAAAUAGAUUGUGGUGAGGGUUGAAUUUGAUGUGGUAGUAAAGGUGGAUGGAAGAGAGGAGGUGAGUGUUAAGGUUGUUGCGGAUUGGAAAUUGGGGAGGAGGAACAUGGGGAAGUGAUUUUGGGGAAGGAAACUAGUUCUGGGAAGAACGAAAGAGAGGGGGGAGAUUGGGUGGGAGAAGAACCGAGAGGGAGAGAGGAAAAUAAAAAAAAUUAAUCUUUUUAUUUUUAUUUUUCUGUUUAUUCCACCUCAUAUUUUUAUUGACUAUAUGAUUAACAUGUUAGUUUUUUCGUUAGUGCAGUUAGCACGUUAAUUAAUACCGUCGAACGGCUUGAGUUCAAGUCCUUAAGUUUCAUUUCUUAAGGAAAAUCUUAAAGCUUUCCUAUUGGCUGAUAGUGGAUUAGGUAGUUAAUGGGGGUUAGUAGUUAAUAAGUAGUUAAGGGUAAA